CCAUUGUGCCAAGUUUCUUGUUUUGCUGAGUUUUUUCAAAAGUUGGCAGGCAGGCAGUCAAGGGUUAAGGCAGGACUCCGCUGCUCCAGUGGUGGCACCUGUCAGUGGGAGGGAGCUGGUGGAGAGCAGAAAGAGAGAGACACACAGAGAGCGGGAGACUGGAGUGAGUUUACCAGAGUCUCCAGCAAAGCAGGGAGGCAGCCAGGAGAAAGCCACAUGGAGGUCUCCAGCUGCAGAGGGUGAAAAAAAGGCAUCUUUCUGCCCACGCCUGGCUGGAAAGAGGGCAAAACCUGGCAUGGGGGGAUCCUAAGGAGGCCAGAGUAUAACAACAUCAACAAGGAGGAGGAGGCGGCAGACUAGACUGUCCAGACAUCGAAAGGAGGGAAUAGAGGAGAAGAGGCAGAAAAAUGCAGCUGACACGUUGCUGUUUCAUAUUCCUCAUCCAAGGGAGCAUCUAUCUGCUGGUUAUCUGUGGUCAAGAUGAAGCUACAGAAGAAGAUGAAGAAGACAAUGGAAACCCACCUAAAGAACAAAGAACCCAGGUACAAAAGAAGAAGAACCAACUGUCCCUGAAGUCCUCCUCAAUAGCUUCAUCCAACUUACAGAACACAAGUCUAUUAGAGUUGGCCUCUAACAACAACCAAGAAUUUUGGGAUGUCUUAGAGAAUUUGUCUAAGCAAGGCCAAGGCCCACAGCCCUUGCGUGGCCGAAGGGACUCUGCUGCCAGCCCCAGUAGGCUUAAGAAAAUAUUUGGCUGGGGUGACUUCUACUCCAACAUCAAGACAGUCAAGCUGAAUCUCUUGAUUACAGGCAAAGUGGUCGACCAUGGAAAUGGCACAGUCAAUGUCUUCUUCCGGCACAACUCCACUGGACAUGGCAACAUAUCUGUCAGCCUAGUGCCCCCCAACAAAGCUGUAGAGUUUGACCUUGAGCAGCAAAUCUUCAUUGAGGCAAAAGAGUCCAAGAUCUUCAAUUGCAGGGUGGAAUAUGAGAAGGUUGACAAGGCAAAGAAGACUACCUUGUGUACGUAUGACCCAUCCAAGACCUGCUACCUGAACCACACACAGAGUCAAGUUUCCUGGGUUUGUUCCAAGCCCUUCAAGGUCAUCUGUAUCUACAUCACCUUUUACAGCAUAGACUACAGACUUGUGCAGAAAGUGUGUCCUGACUACAACUACCACAACAAUGUUCCUUAUUACCCUUCUGGGUGACAACGUACCUCUUCUGAGCUCAGAAGCAGCCCAAGUCCCAAACACAACUUGAUUUGGGGUUUGGGAGCAGGAAAUUGAGGCCAAGGGCUGGGAGAAGGAUGAGUCAUGGCUCUCCAGUGCUAGAGAAAUCACCAAACAAGCCUGGCCUCUGCUAAAGGAGGGGAGUUUCAGAGAACACCGACCAACAGACCGUGCUUGCAAGAAGCUCUGCAGUCUAUAAAAAGAAUACCAUCAUUAACCAAAUCCACAACUUCCACACUUUCAUGUGUACACUCAGACCAAAUCAUUAAUAUGCGCAAGGCAGACAUUCGAAAUUGCACUUUCUCUCCAGUGUUGCUCCCUAACACAGGGUUCAAUCCGUUGGGGAAUUCUGCUAUGAAAGCUUCCACGUGGCUUGUGCAGAAGGGCUGAAGCAGUAGUGAAGGCAAAAGUGAACAACCCUGGCUCACCAAAUGUUGUUAGAUUGCAGCUCCCAGCAUUCCUCAAGUUUGAUCUAUCUGGGACUGCUGGGGCUUGCAGUUCUUUGAGGGGGAGGUAUAAAAAUUCUUGCUGCUACUCUAUGACAGAAGGCAGAUAACUGACUCUCCAGAUAUUUCUGGAUUGUAAUUCUCAGAAUGCCUUAUUAUUAGAAAGGGAUGAUGGGAGUUGUAGGACAAAGACAUUUGGAGCGCCACAGUUGAACUAUCCUUGCCCAGGGUCAGAUUCAUCUAUAGUUCAUUAAACCACCCUUAAUGACAUCUGAAAUCUGCUAGCUAUUGUCUGCCCUGCUUCAUCUCCCCUCCCUUCCAACUGAGUCUCUAACUGAAAAUAGAAAAAACAGAUUGAGCCAGUGCAAGCUUUCAGUUUCCAAAUGGCUAUCCCUGGGCCAUAAAUUGUGAAUGAUCACCUACCUGCCAGAAAGGUGAAAACCUAAGUACUUGGCUAUAAUUGUUCCUUCUUUCCAGUCCAAUUGCCCUAUUAAGCCCUUUUUUCUUGCAACUUUUUUGGCCUAGCCCCAGUUAUGGCUAGGGCCCUUUCCACCUCCAAGUGAGGUGAGGUUGACUUGAAUAGAAUACUGAUAUCAUUGAUCUGUUGUUGCUACAACAAAUAUAUCAAGGACUCAGAGCACAGCAUACAUAGAGAAUGUAACCCAAAUAAAACAAUUGCACUGUCACUUGUUUGAAAGCAAGGGCGGGCAAUGUGCAGCUGGCUCCCAAAGGAUAUAUUGAUGGCCCUCAACCCCUCUAGGCUCACCCGAUUACCCUCCCCAAAAUGAUGAACUGCCUCUUCUGGGAGCCUCCAGAAUCAGGAAUAUAUGUUCCAAAUAGGGUUCAGGGUUCCCUUGAACAGUGCGACAUAACAUAUACUUGUUUUUAAAACCCAGAAUUGACUUCCAACUGCAUCUCCUUUAGGGGAGAAGUUGGCAUUUUGAGAGCAGUCUAUGAGGUUCUGGGAAGGUUGCAAGGGCUUAAAAUUGGCUGUUGGAGCUGCCAAUGAUGCUUGCCCUGGUUUAAAGGCAUCGUAUCCAAAAGGAAUGUUAAAAAUAGGUUGAACUUGCAUACGUUAAGUGGGAUGAAGAGUUUAUGGUGGAGACAUGGUAGCUGGGCUGAGGCAAGGAAACAUGCUAGCAUUCUGAGCUUGGAAAUUCAUUAUGCUAGCCCAGGCAUAGGCAAACUUUGGCCCUCCAGGAGUUUUGGACUUCAACUCCCACCAUUCCUAACAGCCUUUAGCCCCAACCUGGGAAAACAUAUUCCUUGCCCUGGCUUAAUAUAUUGAAGGGAAGGCUUGUUGAAGUUUGGACCUGGGUUUGCUAAAACAGAUGGGAGGCACUACAGCAGGCAUGGGCAAACUUUUUUGCCUUAGGGCCGCAUUAUGGGCCCGACUGAGAGGGUUGGGCCAGGAGAGAGGGCAGACUGGCACAUGCUGGGUGGGACAGGCCUGGGAGAGAUGGGGGCAGGAACUGUGAGAGGGUGUGGCUGGGAGGGGGUAGGUCAGGGCCCAGGUCAUCCUCCAGUUGUCCUCCUGGAAUAAGGAUGAGGCUGCUUGGCCCAUGCUUAUCCUGGGAGCAAAAACAAGACAUGUUGCGACUUCCCCGAUCUUCCUCUCCCAAUCUUUGGGCUGUCUUCUCAGUAUUAUGCUGGGAGGAGUGUGAGACAGGCAACGGCUGAGAGUGCUCCAGAGAGCUCUCAGCCUCUGCGUGUCUUCCUCAGGCUGUCCUCUCAGCAUAAGUACAGGACCACUCUCACUGUCCUUAUAGAGGGAGAAGGACAAAACAUGCGGUGACUGAGAGUGCUCCACAGGGCUCCCAGCUGCUAUGUGUCUUCCUCCCCCAUUCUUUCUACAUAAGGAUGUGGUGGGCCACCAUGUCCUUAUGCCAUAGGACAGGGAAAAUGAGAAGGGCCUGAGGUGGGUACCUAGGGGACCGCACCCGGGCCCCGGGCCUUAGUUCACCCAUGCCUGCACUACAGCCUCCUAAUCUGGCUGGAACAGUCCCAAUUGAACCUCCAUCAUCUCACUUUUUCAGAUACAGACAGUCCCUGAGUUACAAACUUCUGACUUAUAAAUGACUCAUAGUUAAGAACAGGGGUGAGACAACAGGAAGUGAGAGAAAUCUACCCUUAGGAAAGGAAAACCACUCCUGAAAGAGUUACAAUGGGAAACAAGUGUCUCCACUGAAAUGUUAUCACCAAUUCUUGUUUCCAUAGGUAAUGGUAAAGAUUUUCCCUUGACAUUAAGUCUAGUCAUGUCCAACUCUGAGGGAGCCGGUGUUGUCCAUAGACACCUCCAAGGUCAUGUACCCAGCAUGACUGCAGGGAGUGCUGUUACCUUCCCGCUGAAGUAGUACUUAUUGAUCUACCCAUAUGUGCAUGUUUUUGAACUGCUAGGUUGGCAGAAGCUGGGCCUAACAGCGGGAGCUCACCCCGCUGCCCGGAUUCCAACUGCCAACCUUUCGGUCAACAAGUUGAGCAGCUCAGUGGUUUAACCCGCAGCACCAUUGGUUUCCAUAACCAAAAUUUUCAAAAUCACAGGACAGAAAGUGAGGCGAAAUCUGAACAGGGGCACAGACAGCAAAAUGCAUGCAUCCAAAGCUGAUAUGUAUAUGGCUGAAGUUACACUUAAAAAUGUACCUGUUCCAACUUACAAACAAAUUCAACUUAAGAACAAACCAGCAGAACUUACCUUGUUCGUAACUUGGGACUUCCUGUACUUUAAAAAAGUCUCAGUCUCUUUCUCUUCCUUCCACAUACUCCCUUUGUCCUUGACUUACUUCAAUUGCUGGCAAGCUCAAAGUUUGCACUCAGUAAAUUCAGCAAGGAGAAUUGGGAGCUGUCCUUUCCAGUAGGCUUAGACAAAAGCAAACUGCUGCAGCCUCUCCUAGCCUGAAUGUUCUUCCUCAUUAACAACCUUUACCAUCUGGACCACAUCCGUCCUGGUUCUCAUCUUUGAAAUGUUGAAGGGGUAUGCCACACAUGUCACCGCACAUACUAUCUAGGGUCUCUUGCACAUUACACAGUUAUAGCACUUUGAUACUACUUUACUUGCUAUGGCUUAGUCCUAUGGAAUCCUGGGAUAUGCAUUUUUGUGAAGGGUUUAGCAGAGAGCUCUCACUUUCUCUCCACCUUGCAAAUCCUGAGAUUCUCAGAGUAGUGAUGAGCCCCAAAGGCCCACUUUCCCCUAGAUAUAUUCUACUUAAAAAUAACUAUAUAUAUAUAUAUGCAUGCACAACCUUAACUCCUGGGCAGUCUACCAGUGCAUAUGUGUACACUCAUGUACUACCAAGAAACACACCUUUAGGAGUUAGAAUAAUGCAUCUAGAUUUCCAUCAUGUUGCCUCCCAGUUUUUACAGAAUGAGGAUUUUUUUUACAAAUACUAGGAAUAUGAAGCCAGAAGGCAAAUUCAUGGGAGACAUGGCUAUCUAUCUGUUAAUCUUGAUGGCUAUACAAUAUUUUCAGUUUCAGAGAAAGUGGGUUGGGAAACACAAGCAAGUGGUACAAAUGCUGCUGGUGGCCAAUUCAGGACACCUGCUUAGCUACCAUGGAGACAGAAUGCUGUACUAGACAGUGCAUUUGUCUCCUUGUAUUCUUAUCAAUAGAGAAUAAAGCCCAACUCUUCUUAAAUUCUUCUGAAUUUGGGGAGGAUAAACCUAGGUGGACUUCUACUUUGGAUGGGGCUGAGUUCUCAGCCUUCAAAUGUGUGUGUUUCUACCUAAACAGUCUGGUAUGAAUUUUUGAAAAUAUUAAAACUCACACUGGAGAAAACAACUCAAGUUGGUACAGAUUUCAAGUUGCUAUGGAUUCAACAUAUUGUCUAAGGCAGUGGUUCUCAACCUGUGGGUCCCCAGAUGUUUUGGCCUUCAACUCCCAGAAAACCUAACAGCUGGUAAACAGGCUGGGAUUUCUGGGAGUUAUAGGCCAAAACACCUGAGAACCACUGGUCUAAGGCUUUCAUGGCCAGAAUCACUGGGUUGUUGUAGAUUUUUCAGGCCAUAUUGCCAUGUUCUAGAAGCAUUCUCUCCUGACGAGACAACAGACUCCACAACCUCUGAGGAUGACUGUCACAAAUGCAGGCGAAACGUCAGGAGAGAAUGCUUCUAGAACAUGGCCAUACAGCCCGAAAAAUCUACCAACAACCCACUUGCUAUGGAUUGCUUUCCAACUUUCAUUGAUGAUAGAUUAUGGACUAGCUCUACUG